GUUAUCUCUUCUAUGCUAAUGCUGCAAAUCUCGUCAGUAAAGUGUAUUUCGUGCAUGCGUUUGAGGUACAUUCGGUUUAUAAAUUACCUCUUAAACGCUACUUGAUCGGGAUUUGGAAUACGUUUUUUUCUAACUAAGUGUUUUUUUAAAUAACUGAAAUGCGGAAGAAAAUUAAAUUUGAAUUCGGAAAUGAUGGAAAUUCUGAGGAGGACAAUUCGAAUAUGGGAUCCUCAUGCAGAUCCGAGCAAAGUCCUAAUUUCGCUAAUUCUUAUCACCUUAGAUCUAAUGGAUCUACAAGUGAUGAGGCUUCUGAAAGUCCAGCUAGUGACAUUUAUUAUAAUACCAUGCCUUCAGGAAAUUCUCUCUCGAUGGAAUCUUUUAUGGAUUUGCCAGAUAUUAACAAUUAUCUUCCAUUCCCUCCAUUGCCAAAUUUCGGUUUUAAUGGAAUGCCAUUUACUCCACAAUCUAAUAUGAAUAUGAUACCGCAGCAUUUAAUUGAACCACCUUUGAACUGUGAUAAUAAUUACGUUUUCAAUCCUACAGCACCUUUAUAUUCAGCACAAAUGAACAUGCUCGCUUCCCACUAUGAAGAUAGUAAUAGGAGACAAAUUUUGGCUAAUGGCGGGAAGUUGAGAGCGACACAAAAUAUGCUAGCUUCCAAAAACUGUGAUAGAAAUCAAAUGUUAUACAAUGGUGAUAAUUUGAGUGGGGUGAUGCAACCAGAACCGCCUGCUAAUAACCACCCAUAUUAUGCUACGAAUCAAAAUGCAGUAGCACCCGAAAUAGAAUUAUUACAAGACGAUAUAGGAGAGAAAGACAUGGACCAGAUGUUUAAGGAUGUGGAGAACAUAAUUAAUGAACCCUGCGUGAAUUCAACUAUAAUUGGCGCAGAAAGUUCUAACAACCAAUUAGAUAAAGAUAUUGGUAUUGAUGAUACUUUAUUGGAUCCAGAUACUGAACAAAAAGAUAUUGACGUUGAUACUUUAUUGGAUCCAGAUACUGCACGAGAAACUAACGUAGUUAAAAAUGUAGAUAAUCAACUUGACUCCACUAAUAUGGUUAUUCAACCUGAUGUAGUAGAUCACAUCGAAGAAACCCUAUUGGAAGGAAUUGAUAUGUCUUUUUUUGAUGAUAUUACUCUUGAUUCUAAUCAAGUUGAUCCAGAUUUCAAUUAUCUUCAUUAUCCUAAUCUUAGUGGUAUACAACAAGAGAAUGAAUACAGUCAUGUAAAGAUAGAACAUGAUAUACAACAUGGAAAUGGUUUCUCUCCAAUUGAGUUGAAGCAAGAAGUUGACCAAAGCACACAACCUGAAAUUUCCGUCCAUAAAAUUAAGUUAGAGAAUGAAAGUGACAAUGGAAUACAACAAAAAAAUGACAGAGAUAAAAAACAUGGAAACGACGUCCAUCAAAUUAAGUUAGAGCAUGAAAUUUACAAUGAUAUCCCCAAAAUUAAGUCGGAACAUAAAAGUGCCAGUAGUACUAGACAAAAGAAAAAACCAAAAGUAGCUGGGAUAAAACGGAUUGAUAAGAAAGCCGGAAGAUACAUCAUCGAUAAUGAGGAUGAGGAUAGAGAGAUCGACAUUGAAACAGUAACUAAAGAUGAUGUUCCUGUGAUAGAAGCCAACGAUGUCAAUAGUCUUCUGGAGCAAUUUGAGGCUACUGAACUGGGAGAGGAUGAAAAUAGCUCCAAACCUCCUCGUACAAGAAAUCAAAAGAAGUUGAAAGAAAAAAACAUGGAGAAACAAAUACGGCAACAAAAACUCAGAGAGCUAAGAGAGCACAAAAAAUCCAAAGAGAUGAAUGAGGAAGAAAAAUUGAGAAAGUCGAGGGAGGAAAAAACGGAAAAACAUGAACAAAGUAGCUCCUCUAAACACCGCAAGUCGUCUACACAUGAACAUAGAGGUGACAGAGAGUCAUCUAAACGUAAAGAUAGCAGCGAUAAUAGUUCAUCAUCUACACAUAGACAUAGCAAAGAUGACAGAAAGUCUACACAUAAACAUAGAAGUGGAAAUACUACUUCUACACAUAAACAUAGAAGUGAGAGUAGCACGUCAUCUUCACACAAACACAGAAAUAGUGAUCAUAAAACUGAAGAGGUAAGAAGUUCAUCUAAGAAAGAACACUCAGGUUUUACUGAAUCAAGACACUCAUCUAAAUCGCAUUCUGCAUCUAAUGAUUUGAAGAAAAAAGAAAAUUCAUCUGACAAAAACCAAGAAGCAAUUCAACCUAAACUCAAACAAUCGAUGCAGGCGAACUUAAAGUCAUCAGAAGAUGAAAAGAAUAAGGAAGUUUCAAAAGAAUUGAUAAAUAAAAUAAAAGAAGCGAAUAAACCUCGCACGAUUACGUUGAUAGAAGAUGAUAUUUUCUUUGGUUCUUCAUUUGAAAGAGAAAUGGCGAAACUAUCCAAAAUUCCCAAAGUACCAAAAAGGCGUAUAAAGUCCAAAGUAUCAAAUCCACCUGUAGCCUCAACCCACAAACCGGUAGACACAAAUAAAACCCUCAUUAGCAAUGAACCAUAUAGGUUUAGCGCUAAUACAAAUUCGAUAUCAAUCCCCAAAUCCGUGGAGUCAAGUUCUUCUGCAAAAACAACACAGUCGCCACCAUUGAUAUUCUCCACAACAACUGGUUAUAUGAUUCCGUCUAGACCUUCCAUUACAACAACUCUUAAUGGUACAUUGUCAAAAACUGCAGAGACUAAGUCAACGUCUACAUCUACGAUGUCAAGAACUACUAAUGCUAUGCCGUCAAAGUCGAGCACUGCAACUGUCACGUCAAUGUUGAGAACUGCGACUACCACACCAGUUACUAUUUCAACAAUGUUGAGAACUGCGACUACAACACCAGUUACUAUUUCAACAAUGUUGAGAACUGCGACUAGAACACCAGUACCUCUGUCAACAAUGUCGAGAACUGCAGCUACUAUGUCGAUGCCUAAACCAACCUUGUUAAUACCUACAUCUACCAUGUCAAUGUCGACAUUCAAAUCAUUGAGACCUGUAUCUGCCGCGUCAGUGCCUUCAUUUAAAAUAGUGAAACCUGCAACAAUUAUUACUGCAGCGCCUACAAUUUCAAAGCCUUCUACUGCUACAAUUUCAAAGCCCUCUACUGCUACAAUUUCAAAGCCCUCUACUGCUACAAUUUCAAAGCCUUCUACUGCUACAAUUUCAAAGCCUUCUACUGCUACUGCGCCACCAAUGAUUAGGAGUACAUUGGGACGACGUGCAACUUAUAUGAGAGCAGUAUCUAAUGAUCUCUCUGAUCCAUCGAGACCUACUCCUGCUGUGUGUGGUGAUCUUCGUGAAAUUGGCUGGUCAAGGGCUAUCACUUGUAGUUCGGGUAUCUCUGCUUCUACAUCGACUACUUCCACUAAAAGAGAUCAAAUGACUGCUACAUGCGGUACAAGUACGUCUGAAACUAUCUCUAUUCAAACAAAAUCUGGUGUGGUACCUCAGAAGCAAUCGGGGACUACUUCAACUCUGAGGAAAUCUUCGCCUGGUGCUGAUAAAAUUAGUCGAGACUGGCUUGUAGUUAAUCAGGAUCACUCAUAUAGUAAGUCUGUUUUCCAGAACACUGAAUUUUUAUCUGAAAACAAAUCCGUAUCGGUCCAAAAAGAAACAGAUGAGAAGAGCACACCGCCUAGUGCAAAUGAAGAAUCAUCUACAACUUCGAAACAAGUAAAUGAUGAUGCAACUAAAAACAGUGACAAUAAGAUAAAAGUUUAUAAAGUUAAUGAUUAUAUAAAACUUAAAGGUAUUCAAAAACCAAAUAACAUUAAUGAUGACAAUUCUAAAAGCUCAUCAUCAAUGUCUCCAGAAGAAUGGGCUAAAAAAAUGUUAUUGGAUAAACCCCCACCUACUCCAAAAAAGAUAAAACGCUUAGAGACUAUAGAGGCAUGCAUUGAUGGCCGUUUACUCGAUAAUGAACAGAUAGACAAUUUAAGCAAAUUUAAAGAAACGAUGGACAAAAAUCAAAACAUUAAUAAAAAUUCUCUUUUUGCUGCUUGUAUCAAAGAAAUUCCCAAUAAUACUAAGACCAAAGAAGAGGAAUCUUUACUGGUUUUACGUGAGAAUAAAUUGAUACAAUUUGUGCCUGAAGACAAAGAAAAACCUGAAUGUAGGACCAUUGGAACGGAAACGGAGGUUUCUUAUCUUGUAUGGAGUGUAUUUGACUAUAUUCAUCAAAAGCCAUCCGUCAUUACGAUUGAUGACGAUGAUGAUGAAAAUAAAAGUAAUGAUAAAAAGAGUACCGAACAAUCCAGUUCUAGAAAAAGGGCCCGUUCGAGUUCAAGCGAAUCGAGAACUUCCUCUGCAAAAGGAUCAAACCAAGAGGAACGUGACGAGAAUAGAGGUCAAGACCGUAGUAGGGAGCCGAGAGCUCGAGAUGAUCGUGAGGAGUUAAAAGAUGCAAGAGGAUCAAGCCAUUCAUCUAAAGACCAAGAGAAACGUGACGAGAAUAGAGGUCGAGACCGUAGAGAGUCGAGAGCUCGAGAUGAUCGUGAGGAGUUUGAAGAUGCCAGAGGAUCAAACCAUUCAUAUAGAAAGCAAGAGGAACGUGACGAGUAUAGAGAUCGAGACCGUAGAGAGCCGAGAGCUCGAGAUGAUCGAGAAUUCAAAGAUGAUGCGAUGAACAGGCGUAUCUUGUUCUUGGGUGAUCUCGAUAAUGAUGUGACCCAAGAGUAUCUAAGAACAAAAUUCAGAAAAUAUGGCCCCAUUAAAUCCAUCAAAAUUCAUCAUAGAACCAAGGUGGCGAGAUCAAAUGAGGGCCCUAAAUCACAGGAUUAUGCCUUCAUAACAUUUAUGGACAGAAAAUCGGUGUAUGAUGCUAUAAAUUAUUAUAAGAUUGAUUAUCCACAUGGGCCAGAUUUUCUAAUGAGCUUCGGAGGAAGAAGGUUGUUCUGUAGAGAGCAAUAUGCAGACUUAGAUAACCAGCCUGCAUAUUUCCCGUAUGAACAGGGGAACCAAAGACCAGCAGGACAUGCUCAAAAUAAACCUAACAUGACGUUCGAGCAGCAACUACUUGAGUACCAAAAGUUAAAAGAAUCAAAGGAAAAACAAUCCAGUAGACCAAGAUCUAAGUCCCGAUCGGCGUCGCCGGCAAGGUCUAGUAGAUCAAGGAAGCGAUCGAGAAGUUCUUCCAGGUCAAGUAACCGAACGAUAACCCCCGCCAGAUCAAGUAAGCGAUCGAGGACCCGUUCCGUGUCAAGUAGAUCAUCGUCAAGCAGUUCAACAUCAUCAUCAUCACGAUCACCAUCUCCACCUCGUUAUGAAGCAAGGAGAAUUAUAUACGGAGAAAGACAAUUAAAAACAAAUCUUUGUAGAUAAAUAUGUAAAUAAUAUUUGAACAUAAAAUAUUGAAAAUAUUUGUAUAUAUGAAAAAUAUGUAAAAAUUGUAAAUAUUUUUAAAUUGCCACAAUGUAUAUAACUGUAUAAUAAUGUAAAUUUUUGUUAAAAUGUGGUCCUUAUUUAAAUGGGCUGUGAAUUUUCUAUAAUUUAUUAAAUAAAGUAUAAAUUGGACCUA